AGGCGGCUGUAUCAUCGUAACCUGAAAGUGAGAGUAAAAGCAACAGCAGCAGUAACAGUCGCGGCAGAAUCAUGGCGGGACGCGCGCUUCUUCUCCGAGCCUGUGCGGCAGCGACGCUGCAGAGCAGCAGGACUGCGGUGGCGAGACCGUUACAGCGAGCCAUGGCCUCCGGGGGAAUACCAACAGAUGAGGAACAGGCCACUGGGUUGGAACGACGCAUCCUGCAGGGCUUCAAACAAGGACAAGAUCCGUACAGCAUACUGAAGCCAGAGUACCAUCCUGGCACCAAGGAAAGCCCUCAACUUGUGCCAUGCACUAUAGACAAGAGGCUGGUGGGUUGCAUCUGUGAGGAAGACAACACUGCUAUUGUGUGGUUCUGGGUUCAUGAAGGAACUACCCAGCGCUGUCCUUCCUGUGGAACCCACUAUAAGCUGGUCCAUCAUGACCUGCCUCAUUAAAACUAACUUUUCUGCCAUAUAUGCCUUCGUUAUGGCCUUAUACUGCAUUGUGUAACAUUUGUCAUUAAAAUGUGAACCUGUA